AUAGUUACACAUUCAGGAAAUGGUAAAUUCAUUGGCAGCAUGCCCACUGCCAGGCCGACUGCGACGUCUAGAACUGUUUUUACAGUAAUUUCGCCGUCUGUAACCGAGGGGAAAACAGUGCACACACAACACACUUUGCUGCAGCCACACAGACGUGGCUAGUUCGCUGUCCAAGGUGCUGAAGUUGAUCAUAUUUGCGUUGCAGCCAUAAACCAAGGAGUAGCUAAUAACAUGAGCGUAAACACGGUCCCUUGUACCGUGAAGCCUACUGUCACCUUGCAGAUUGGAGAUGCUGAGACUGAUUCAUCUCGUCCCGGUGUCUAUGUCAUAGACGUUACACUUGCUAUAGGACAGACUGUCAACAUCCAGGAGAUCUCCUUUAAGAACUACUACACAGCAUACGUGUCUGUGCGUCUACUGAGGAGAGAUGGGGAGGGGGCUGCUAAAUGGGCCACAUGUCUGAGGAACCACUGUCUGAUGCCCAGCCCACAUACUGAAGAGGGUUCACAAGACUACUACUCUGUCUACCGUCAACAGAUGCUGAUUGAACCAGACAAUGUGACUUCAGUGAGACUGAUCCUACGACAGCCGUCAUCAGCCUGGCUGAAUUUCAGCGUGGAGGACAUCAAAAUACAGCCCUGUUUAAACGAGGAUUCAGAGUGGGACAUUCCGGAUUGGUUGUCAGACCUCACACAGGUGGACCAACUGUGUGAUUUACAGGGUCUUCCAGAUCCUCAGACGGUAUCUUCCAGUAUUCAGCAGAUGUGGGCGUUAACAGAGGUCAUGCAGACCAACCAGACCACUGCUUCCAUAGGCCGCUUCGAUGUUGAUGGCUGCUACGAUAUCAACUUGUUGUCCUUCACUUAACAAGGAAUUGACUGGAGGUUCAUUUUACAUGGUGUAGGUAAAAUGUGAAGAUCACCAUUGUUAUCUCUCCCAAAGUGUAUUUGAUUAAUUGCCCGACGAUGUUAUAUUUAAGUUUUCUGAAAAGUAUGUAUAUUUAUUUGUGAAACACUGUAAACUUUUUUUUUUUGUGUGUGUGUUUUUUUAACACCUAGGCCACCUUUGCCACUCAUGAUUCAUGUAACUUUGUUUAUUAUACAAGUCCAAUAGAAGUGAGAUGCAUGGUGGCCUUCAGCCAGAUGAGGACAGUAGUGCUUCUUGAAUGAGACCAAGGAGCCACUGUUAACUAACUAUCUGAGAUGUGGAUAUAUCAUACUGGCUGGGGUUCUGGGUGGUUUGCAGUCUCCAAUUCUCUUUUUUCGAUAAAUUAUUAUUAUUUUUUUUUUAAAGUGGCCUUUUUAUUUAACUAAGCAGGUCAGUUAUUCUUAUUUACAAUGACGGCCAACCCCGGCCAAACCCUAACCGGGAUGACACUGGGACUCCCGAUCACGGCCGGUUGUGAUACAGCCAGGAAUCUAACCAGGGUCUGUAGUGACGCCUCUAGCACUGAGAUACAGUCCCUUAGACCCGCUGCGCCACUCUGGAGGAUAGGAUAUAGCAUUCUGGCUGGGGUUCUUUCUACAAUUCUCUUAUUGUAAGUUAUUCAUGAAUAAUUAUGAAUGUCUAAUUUCCUUUCAAUGCGAACAAUUUACCUCAACGUUGUACUGAUGAAAUAAGUGAAGGAAUCGUUAUGUAUUAGUGGCUGUGUAAAGAUGACAUCAUACAUGCUCAUAUAGCAAGUCAUUCAUUCAACACAUAGGCUCUGUCAUUAUAUCCCAAUGAUAUUCCUGUAUCCUGCAAGCAACCAACUGUUAGAGCGUUCGGUCUUUUACGGAACUAAUUAAAUAAAUGUCAAUUCCAAAAAGCAAA